ACUUCCAUCGAAUGUCACCUUAUUAACUCUACAUGUGCUCCUCUUAAGUCAACCCGGUGACGUUCUGUUAAAGUGACUCUAUCGAUUUAUGUGUGAUAACUUUAAAGUAGGUAACAGAAAAUAAAAGAAGAACUUAAGUAUGCAUUUUAAAUUAGUAACUGUGCUACUUUUUGGCGCGUUUAUGAGCGUCAAUUGCAACUUAGACUUCGAUAGUAUAUUAAACGUGGGAGAUAUCAACUUUACGUUAAGCGACGAACCCGCACCUGAAAUUCCACACUCAAGGAAUAAACGGAAUGUGAAAAAUUAUUUGCCUGCCGCACUUUCCUGUGCUCUUAAAUACGACACUGGAUGCCUGAUUGAAAAUGCCGAAAAUUAUUUGGAAGAAAAACGUUUAAGCGUAAUAGCGGAAGCGGACGCGGCAGCCUUACAAAUGAGGGGAAGAUCAGAUGGCGAAUCGCCAUCGGAACUAGCGUCUAUGAUCGGAAAUGUCAUUUCCGAAAUGACCAAUAUCUUUAAGGAUAGCUUCGUUGGAUUCUUCAGGGAUUCCAAGGAAGCCGAUGAAGAUGAAGAGGAAGAGGAAGAAGACGAUGAGAAUGAUGGACUGGAUCAGACAGCUAUAGACGACAACAAAAAAGAAAGGCAAAAUUUGGAAGAAGACAGAGGAAAGAAGAAAAAACAAAAAUUGAAGGCAAUCAUUAAACUGUUGAUUCUUGGAGUGGUUUUGUAUGCCAAAGCUAUAUUGCUGCUCAAGUUCCUCGCUUGGAAGGUUCAAGUAAAGUUUUUACUGAUCGCACUCGGCAACCUCCUAAUAAAUGGACUGAAAUUGUGGUGGGAGUUCAAGGCUAAAAGUUCGCAUAAUCCUCAAAAGGUCAUAUACUACGAACACGCCCAACAUCAGCACCAUUACGACGGAGGCGGUGAGGAUUGGGAGUCUUCAGGACCCCCGAGUGGUGGUGGUGGCGGUGGAUAUUGGGGAAGAUCAUAUGACGACAAAGACAUGCUAGCAGCACAAGAAUUGGCAUAUGCAAAACAACAAAGACCAAAGCCUGCUGAUUAUUUGGCCAAUGCUAAGAAGGCAGGAUCGUGGUUUGCGAAAUAAGCGGUAAAUGGGAAAUUUGGGAUUUAUACAUAUGUAUACUUAGAUACUUAUUGAUUAAGUAUUUAUUUAUUUACACAGCUGGUAUUGCUCAAGAAGUAAUUUAGUAUUUAAUAGAAUGUAAGAAGACAAUGAAAAUGGGCUUCUAAAAUACUAUUUUAAAUGUUGUAUGUACACAAUUCAGAGAUACAGAUACGUAAUUACACUAGUCCAUUAUUUAACUUCGCUUUUACAACUUCUUGUUCUUUAAAAUAAUAAAAUAAUGACUUAAAAUAACACAACUUCUCGGUUUCGUAGUAUUUAAUUGUUACUGUUUCUACUAAUUAGUGUAAUGACUUCUGUAGAAAGAAAAUGUAACGUUAAAAUAAUUAAACAUGAACUGCA